AUGCGCAUCGCCGGGAGAGGCGGUCUUCCGGCCUGGUGCGUCUGCGCACGGGCCCUGGUUCAGGUGCUGGGGCCGUACGAGCCGCUGCUGAGCCUGUUGCAGGCGGCCCUGGUGUGGGAGCGACCGGCCCGGAGCGCCCUGUGGUGCCUGGGGCUGAACGCGGCUUUCUGGUUCUUUGCGCUGACCUCCCUCCGCCUUAUGUUUCUUCUCGCCUUUGGCUUGAUGAUCAUUGUCUGCAUCGAUCAGUGGAAGAACAAAAUCUGGCCCGAAAUAAAAGUGCCAAGACCCGACGCAUUAGACAAUGAGAGCUGGGGCUUUGUGCACCCUCGGUUGCUCAGCGUGCCCGAGCUCUGCCACCACGUAGCUGAAGCCUGGGUUAGUGGGACCAUUUUCAUAAGGAAUCUUUUGCUUUUCAAAAAGCAAAACCCAGGCAAGUUCUGCCUGCUGAGCUGUGGGGUCCUCACCUUCCUGGCUGUCUUGGGCCGCUACAUUCCCGGGCUCCUGCUGUCCUACCUGCUGCUUGUCAUGGUGCUGACGUGGCCUCUCGUCAUGUACCACCGCCUGUUGGACCGAGCCUCCGUGCGGCUGAAGCCGGCUCUGCGGCGGCUGGACUUCAGCGUGCGCGGCUACAUGAUGUCGCGGCAGAGAGCACGGCAGUUGCGCUGUAGAGCUCUGCACCCAGAACACGCGGGGGAUGACCACAGCGACAGUGAGGAGGAGCUAGCCGCCUUCUGCCCUCAGCUGGACGACUCCGCAGUAGCCAGGGAGCUGGCGAUCACGGACUCGGAGCACUCUGACGCCGAGGUCUCCUGCACGGACAAUGGCACCUUCAACCUCUCCAGAGGCCAGACACCCCUGACGGAGGGCUCCGAAGACCUAGACGGCCACAGCGACCCGGAGGAGUCCUUUGCCAGGGACCUUCCAGACUUUCCUUCCAUUAACGUGGACCCCGCCGGCCUGGACGACGAGGAUGACGCCAGCAUCGGGAUGCCCAGCCUGGUGUACCGGUCCCCGCCGGGCGCGCAGGCGCCCCCGGCCAGCAGGGAGGAGGCCGCGCUGCCCGAGCUCCUGCUGGGCGCGCUGCCCGCGGGGCCCGACCUCAGCGGCAGCCUGGCCAGCCUGGUCUCGCGGGGUGUGCUCCAGAUGGCCCUGUCGGGCGCCGUCCAGCCGGGACCCCCACCCCGGAGAGCAGCCGGCGGCCUGCUGCGGGCGCCCAGCUCCGACCUGGACACCGACGCCGAGGGCGAUGACUUCGAGCUCCUGGACCAGUCGGAGCUGAGUCAGCCGGACCCCGCCGGCCCCAGGAGGCCUUGAAGAGGCGGGCGCGUUCCUUCCGGGCCGGCCGAGUUACGGGCCUGCCGGGCUGCUCCCGAAGGACCGCGGUAGGGCGGAGGUGCUCAGGGUCCUCGCUGAUGAGCGAGCCCGGCCACCCUCCUCUCACUUCGGGAGCCCCCAGCCAGGCAGCAGAGCCGGAGUUGCCCUGUCUUUCGAGAGACCCUGGCUUGAUGUUUCCAAAGCAAGCUUCCCCUUGGUUCUGCCGAGCUGGCCCACCUCUCUGGGCUCAGGGGUCGACCCCAGUGCCCCGGAAGUACUGUUGCUGGUAGACCCGCCCCCAAUACCCCGGAAAUGCUGCUGCUGACAAUCCGGUGCCCCGGAAGUACUGCUUGUGUGGAUGAGGACGGGCAUCUUCCGCCUCACCCCGGCUUCGGCCAGCCAGCUAGGAGGGCGCGAGGCCUGUCUUGGGGUCCCGGUCCCUCUGAAUUAUGGUGUCUCUGGUGCUGCUGCCCCUCGCUCUGUUCCACCCUUGGGCUGAACAGUGAGCGAAGCGAUGCCGUGCCAACCCCUGUGUCCCGUGCCGCCCCCGGAGAGGCAAGGGCGCU